AUGGCGGACGCGCAGGCAACGAAGGAAGAGCCAGUGCCUUCCAGACUACCCCCUGCGACCUCCCCACCACCCGGAGUCGCAUCCGAUCCUGAAGAAGACGAUCUCUCAGAUCUCGACGAUGUCCUCGACGAGUUCGCCAAUACGAAGCUCGACUCCAAAGCGCCAGCGGCAGCACCGAAGUCUGAACCCGCAACUGCACCAUCCUCCUCCGGUCCUGGCAGGCCUGAAGACACAUCGCCCGCUGAACUCCUCCUCGAAAACGAAGAUGAAUUUGCGAAACAGCUACAAAAAGAGAUGGAGCAGCUGCUCGGGCAAGGCGACUUCCAGAAGCAGUUUGAAGAUAUCAUGAAGGAGAUGAGCCAGGAAAUGGGUGGCGCGAACCCCUUGGAGGCUACAACAGCACCGGUAGCAGCACCGGCGAAGGAUGCGGGCAAGGCGACAGAAGAAGGCCCGGGUGCAACUCAGGCAGAGAAAGAGACUGCUGCCAAGGCGGAGAAGAGCUUCCAGGAGACGAUCAAAAAGACCAUGGAGCGCAUGCAGUCCUCGUCCGACACUGCGACUUCCGCCGCCGCGUCAUCCUCUCAAGACGACAUGCUAGCGCAAAUGCUCGCCUCCAUGGAAUCUGGCGGCUUCGGUGGCGAAGAAGGCGGCGAUGAGGAUUUCAGCAAGGUUUUGAUGGGUAUGAUGGAGCAGUUGACGAACAGAGACAUUCUAUACGAGCCCAUGAAAGAGCUUGACGACAAAUUUCCAAAAUGGAUGGAGGGAAACAAGGACAAAGUCCCGAAGGACGACCUCACAAGAUACGAAGAGCAACAGACCCUGGUUAGGGAGAUUGUAGGUAGGUUUGAGAGAAAGGGGUAUAGCGAUAGUAACGCGGGGGAUCGGGAGUACAUUGUUGAGAGAAUGCAGAAGAUGCAAGCCGCUGGCUCCCCACCACCUGAUCUUGUGGGCGAUAUGAAUGCUGCGCAGGAAGCGCUACAAGAGAUGGAUCAAGGGUGUCCGACACAGUGA